CUUAACGCCACUUAGUCAGCUCUCCCGAAGCCGCUAGUCGGCGGGCUAAAGUGUUUGCGAGACAUACAUAAACGGCCAGUGCUUGGUGAGACGAAGGAGACGGACUGAGUGGCCGAAUGCGCCCUUCCUUCCUCCAUCCUUCAUGUCUGAGUACAAUGUUCUCUGGAUCAUCGCUCCGGUUGAGUUCGGCACGCUCGUCAGCGCCAUCCUUCUAGGAUGCACCGUCUUGCAGACUUACUUCUACCACUGCAACUUCGGUGACGACACAACCAAGAAGAAGGCGCUGGUCACGGCCGCUCUUCUACUGAACUUCUUCCACUUCCUUACGAUCGCGGCGAUCCUAUGGAAACUCACGAUAAGCUACUUUGGCCAGGAGGUCGCAUCCAUACCUAACCCAGAGCUUUGCAUGCUCGGUCUUUGCACGGAGAUCAUGAACAUCCUUAUGCAGGGGUUUUACGCCUUUCGGCUGCAGAGGCUAUCCAAACGACGCUACCUCCCCCUAUUUGUGGCACUGGCGACGACGGUUUGCCUGAGCGUGACGUUGUAUUGCUCAAUCGGGACCCUCAUGUUUUCUGGAUCGACGUCCCAGUGGUUCGCGUUGCAUGGCUGGACGGUCAUCGCCGGGACCGCUUUCGAGGUCGCAGGCUCACUCGCCAUCACGGGCGGUACGACUUGGUACCUUUUCAAGUCGAAAAACUGGGCUCUGCGUGACACGAUGCGCCAGAUCGAUCAGCUCAUUCUGUGGACGAUAGAGAUUGGCUUGGGGCCAUGUAUCUGUCGUAUUGCGUUGAUGAUUUGCCUUCUCCGCUGGCGUGAUACUCUGUAUUGGAUAGGGCCAUACAUUAUGACAACGGGAGUCCAAGCAAACUGUUUACUAGCAGCGCUGAACAGCCGUAUGUUGUUCCGAAGAAACAGUUCAAUCAUCUUUUGCACGAGUGGUACUCCUACAUCAGCGGGCGCAGGGGGCAGGUCUGAUCCCAUGGUGGUGUUCGCGAGUCACACAAUUAGAAGCAAUGCUACUGAUGACGAUAAAACGCCGCUCCCGGAGACGAUCUCCCUAGGAGAUGGCGCGUCUUGAUGAAAGGAAGCUUUGUGGAGUCAUCUGGAGCUGUACGAUAUGCUCCAUCACGCAGGAUAGGUAUAGAGCACCGCUUUCUCCAUCUGCCGCCUUUCGGUUGCCUUUCUUCGUCUGUCUUCCUCGUUCUGAUGCGGUAUGAUGUUGUAUUUUUGUUUUGUUUUGGCUGGUUGACUGUUGAUUCUCUGCCAAUGUUUAUGUUGUUGCUCUUCCAACAAGCAGAGUUUCAUUGUUGCUUCAUUGUCGAGUACGGCUCAUGACGUCGACGCUGCCCACGUGCGCGAUACGGCUACGAUCACGGAGGAAGUCUUUCGCGAUGUCGAGUUCCCUCUCAGUUGAAGGUCCGACAUGUGCAGCUGACUGACUUUCAAAUAACAUCAGAGGCCCACUAAGUUCGUAGCACGCCGUCCACAUGGCUGACGAAGACUUCACUGAACAUGAU